AUGGCGGAGAAGCAGAAAAGGAUAGAGAAGACGCGAGAAGGAGUUCCCAUUUGGGAUGGAGAUGCCGGAACAUAUCAGGAGUUUGAAGAGAGCGCUUUGCUGUGGGAGCAAUCCAUAGCGAUGCACAAGCGCUACUUGUGCGGCCCGAGGCUUCUCACAGAGCUGACGGGCACUGCUCGCAGGUUCACUGUGGGCAAGCAUCCCGAAUGGCUCUCCUUCAAUGGAGGCGUGCAGCGGCUUCUGACGUACCUGAGGUCAAACUUGGGCCUUCCACAGAUGCCUGAACUGACGGAUCAUUUGAGCCGUUACUUCCGGCAGUCCAGGCGCAAGAAGGGGGAGACCAUGAAUGAGUACGUCACUAGAAAGUCAGAACUGUAUGCAAGAGCUAGGCAAGGACUUCACAGGGUGAUGUCUCACUAUGAGAAAAAGAAGCCAGCGUGGGAGAAGAGCUACGGCGGCUAUAGCCGUCCGGGGUCCACCGACCCUUGGGCCAACUACAGGAGGACACCCUCCCUGGCUGGCAGUCAGAACCUGAGUGCUGAGGAGAUUCAGGAUGAUCGGGAAGCGCUUGCUCGACCUGAUGAUCAAGCUGAGGCCACCGAGGAUGCAACUGAGGAGCGAAGCUCCACUGGUCCAGGUCCUUCAGGAGACUCCUGGAGUUAUCCGGACUGGUGGUCAGAUGACUGGUGGAGUACCUCUUGGACACCUUCCGAGAAUGCCGACUGGAAUGUGGAAGCCCCUGAACUACUACCAGAGUAUGUCCAGGGCUGGUACCUCUUGUUUGAUUCUGGCCUGGACACCAACGAGCGCAACAUGGUCGUGGCAGCCCUGAAGGGCGACUUCACUAUGACCCGAGUGGCACAGGAGCUACGCAGCCAGUGGACUGAUGAGGACUUGCGUCGUCGAGAUGCAGCCAAUCGUCACUCCAGCUGGUGGGUGGAUGAGAAUGAAGAGGCCGAGUCUGAGGACUAUGACACUGCCUGGGUUGCCCAGGCUCACCGCAACUUCAAUGACGAGGGCCUCGCACUCCUGGGUGAAGCUGAAGAUGUGGCUCAAGAAGCCCUAGCCAUGAUGGAGCGCGGGCGUCGCACCUUGAAAGAGGCCAGACAGAAACAACAUCAGGUGAGGAUGUCCCGGAAGUACUACCGCACCAACUUCAAGCCCUCUGGAAGCACUUCGGCUGUAGCUUCUGGCACAGAUCAAAAGUGCUUCCGAUGUGGUGGUCCUCACAAGACUUCAUCAUGUCCAAAGGCAAUGGCAACAACGACAGCCUCUUCAGCCGAAGAGCAGGCUGCACCUUUCAUCUGUUUUGCACAAGGCCAGAUCACCAAGGACCAUGAGAUUGUGAAGUACAAGCAUGGGACUUCUCGCCUGGCCGACCUUGACUUGGAGAACAAGCCUACGUUUGGUUUUGGAAAUUCAUCAAAGAACCAGUGCGUGUCCACAGCCUCACUCGAGGUUCAAGCCGAUGGCAAACCUGGACAAGUACAAUCCUUACGGGCCUUGGGAGCAAUCAUCGACUUCUCCGAGGACAUGGUCGUCUUCCGCAAGAUCAACCCGUCCAAGAUCAUCAAGAUGGAACGUUCGGCCACUGGCCAUCAGCUGCUGCCCAUGACUCAGGAUUGGUACAGUGAUGCUCAGAGCACUGCACAGCCAGAAUUGGUGGAAGAGCUCCUGAUGACCUUUGGCGAAACAGCUCCAAAACAGUGGAGCAUCAUGGAGAUCGAGAGUCGCCUUUUGGAACUCAAGGAAGCCAACGGGAUGACCACUCAGAAAGGGAAGGUACGGCCACCGAUGCGCCAUGCCAUGAUCGAGCUGAACAAGGCCAGCAAGAAGAAGUCCGACCUUGUGGACUACGUGAACAACAAGCUCAUGGUGAAGACCCGUGGCACCGAGACCAUUCAGGAGCUGCAGCGCUUGGGCACCAAGAAGAUCUACCAGACCACAGCCGCCUCUCCGGAGAAUCCUGUGGGGUUCGGGGAACACUGCAGUCUGCAGUACCACGAGCUUCUAGCCCAACACCCACAGUAUGCCAGCUGGGUCGUGAAGACCGCCAACGAGGGGGAAUGCGACUACCGCCUGGCCCGUCUGGCCAAUUGGCUCCAGAGCCCAGAGGCACAGCAUCCGAUGCCGACCUACAAGCAGACCUCCAGCGGCUACAAGAACACAUCGACGCCGGCCAGCGGCUCGAAUGGCAAGACCGAGAACAUGAUGAUGCAGAUGAUGCAGAUGAUGCACGCCCUCAAGGAGGACGUGGACAAUCUGAAAGCCGAGAGGCCUCACAAGAAGGCCCUGCUAUCACACCAGCGCAUAGAGCUGCUGGAAGUGGCAUGUUCGGCCGACAGCGUGCUGUCUCGCACCAUGCAACAAAAGAAAGGUGACGAGGGUGUGGGCAUUUGUGAACAGGCUAUUCAGGGUACCAAGACUCUCAUGAACAAAAUAGCUGAAGAUGACCCAGAAGUCACCGCAGCAGAAGCUCUGGCUGAAGCCACUAGGACCUUUAAUAGCCGAGAACUGAUCCGAGGCUAUUCGCCCAUCCAACAUGCCCUUGGCCGCGCGCCUGAUGCCACCGGGCGACUUUUCCCUUGCGGCCCAAGUGAAUGUCCAGAGCUGCUGGUAGAGAACGCCUCUGGUGAGAUGGAUCGCCAGCUCCAGCGAAUGCAAAGUGCGGAAAAGGCCUUCCUUGAAUGGACGGCAAGCCAGAGACUCCAAAAAGCCAAGAACUCAAAACCCAGAGAUGUCACCAACUAUGAGCCAGGAGACCUAGUGUAUGUGUGGAGAAAGCAAGUGAGCAGCCAAGCAGCCAUUAAAGGUGGCUCGUUUGUGGGGCCAGCCCGCAUCCUGGCGGUGGAGCAACAUCGCUCUCCCGACGGGACCCACAAGCAGGGCAGCUCAAUUUGGUGCGUCAGAGGGAGAAGACUUCUCAAGUGCUCCCCAGAGCAACUACGUCGAGCCUCCGAGCGGGAGGUCCUCUUAGAGGAACUACAUGCCAAACAAUACGAUGACUGGGACUUUGAUAGAGUAGCUCAACAACUUGGAGGGAACGAGUUUCUGGACGUGUCCACCGAAGUACCCUCUUAUGCAGAAUGGCUACGAGCUCAAGAUCCAGUCCAAGAAUGGCAACCAAUGAGAAGAUGUGCAAGAAAACGAGGCCCCAUGGUAGAUGAGAAGAGUGGCAUGGGACCGGCUCCUCCAACAUCCAGGCCAACAGGGCGAUCCAGGAGUCCAACUUCCAGGUCUACGCCUUCUACAUCCUCAGGAGCACCCGUGUCACAGAGGCCUCGAAUGAGUGCCCAACAAGGCAUGGCUGCUGCCCCACCAUGGUGGAACCAGUCAAGUAUCCAGGAAGUGUUCGCAGUCACCGAGUGCACCUUCUGGAUGGAUGAGACCGCGGCCGUGGCCGUGGAGGUUCCCAUGCCAGACACACGUGCUGGAUCUGAACGAGCUCUUCGAGAUCUCCCUUCUUAUUUUGCCAGUAGCUUGAAGAAACGGUCAGCAGUUGAAGUCUGUGAGCGUCACCUAUCUGAGGAAGAGCGACAACAGUUCCGAUCUGCAAAGGCCGUUGAAGUGAGUAACUUCAUAGCUGCCAAGGCUUUUGAAGCCCUUCCAGAGAAACUUCGCCCAGCACGCGAACAAGCAGUGAAGAUGCGUUGGAUACUGACAUGGAAGCAGAAGGAGGAUGGCAGCCGAAAGGCGAAAGCCAGAGCCGUCCUCUUAGGAUACCAAGAUCCAUGCUAUGAACAGAGAGCAACGACUUCUCCAACCACGACUCGCCAGACCAGGCAACUGCAGAUGCAAUUAGCCGCUUCAUAUCGCCACAAGAUGCGAAAAGGUGAUGUGACAGGUGCUUUCCUGCAAAGCAGGCCAUACCCUGAUGACCUUUUUUGUAUACCAUGCCCAGAGAUCUGUGAAAGGAUGGGACUCCCAGCAGAGUCAAUCACCAAAGUGAAGAAAGCCUGCUAUGGCUUAGUUGAUGAGUCUGAGAAAACACAGCUUAGGGCCUUGCUGGGAGGGGUCUCAUGGCACGCACAACAAGUUGCGCCCCACUUCAGUGCUGAAGUUGGCUUGCUGUUGUCAGAGGUGAACAAGAGUACUAUAGAGACCAUUUACAAGGCUAACAGGAAUGUGUACGACAAGUUAGAGACCGAGGUCUUGUCCGUGAAGGGCGCUGAGAAGAGAACAGACCUGGAGUUACUCUCCUUGAAAUAUGCCCAGAUUCGCAAUGCUGUGGAGAUUAGAUGGGUUCAUAGUGAAGCUCAGCUAUCAAACGGGCUGACCAAGAGCAACGAGCACAAGCAACUGCACCUGUUCUACCGCAUGGGCCACAAGUGGCGCAUAGUCGAAGAUGAAGAAAGAGCGUCAGCUCGGAAAAGGAAGCUGCUAG